AAGGAACGGGAACGAGUGAACAAACUGAAUGAGAAAUGUUGCCCGUGGAAACAAACAAACACUCCAAAAAGAAAUACAUAUAAAAGGCUUUCACUCCCGACAUUCCGACAGAAGCCAGUUUCAUUUGCCAUUGCUAACAGAUUGCACUCGUUCUUUGCAGGCGCGCGGCACAGCCCGGGUGGUAUCCGCAUGUAUAGCGUUGAUGGUGACCUGUGUGUGUCAGCCGAUGACCGCCAUUGAGCUACCCUCUGGAGACGCUAACUCUCUGCUGACCUUCCUGGCCAUUCCGCGUGCUGACACCGCCCUCCUCCCACACUCCCCGGACGACGCUGACUUCGCCUACACCUACAGCCUUCCGUCCUCUGACCCCAGCGACAGCGGAGGAUACGACUACGGCAGGUACAGCGUGGGACCGGAGCGGCGCAAGAGGGUGUUCCUCAGCCGCGGCUGGGGUCCCGGGGGCUACGAGGCUCCUCAGCCCCCGCAGCGGUUCGUGCGUCGGCCCCCUCUGCCCCCGACAAAGCUCCCACAAAAACAACCCCUGGUGCAGGCGCAGAAGACCAAAGGCAUUGGAGGUAGCAGAUUCGCAGCCCUAGUAUCAAAUCAGCAGCCUCCUCCAAACCAGCCCAACACACAGUACCGGAGGUUCCACUCCAUCUUCACCUCAGGAACAUGGAGUCCCCUUGGCAAGCGGAGCGGCAUACACACUACCCCUGAGGAAUCGCAGGCAUCCUCCGACAGAGCCAAUGAGGAGGAAGCAGAUAUAUACGCAGAAAAGAAAAGUGCUGUGUUUGCUUCCCAUGGUUGGGGUGCUGGAGGAUCCUCCACACCCAGGAAGCAACUAUGGACUCCAGCAGCCAACAGUGUGAGGUCCUUGAUGUACCCACAAGCCAUGAGCCUGAGCGAGGGCAGCUGGGAGAGUGGUCGCGCAACAGCUGGCCCUCAGAGACACGUGUCUACUUUUCAGGGCGCUGGUGCUUCUCAACAACGAAAGCCUCUCCUGCACCUCUUCGUCUCUAACGGCUGGGGACCCAUGGGGAGAUGAGGUGCCUGUGCAAGAAUCCCUCACACCAUACGGAUAACCAAGCCUACCCUCGACAUAACUAACCCCAUCAACAAGCUCUCUAGCAUCAUCCAGAGGUCUCUAGCCUUGCCGCUCCUCAGAGAUUUAGAGCAUAAUUUUAUGUCAUUCUUAAUGGUUCAUAUUGUUUUCGUUUGCAAAAUAUAAUUACUCUACCUGUCACAUCAUACCUAAUAUCAUCAGAAAUAUUACACACCUGUAAACAACCGUAUAUUGUUUUCUUAGAAAUCAUAUGAAUGCUACCCAGGCAUAUCCUUUCCACAUAUGAAAGCAAAGCAUUAUCUCAACAAGUCUUCUGUCUCAAAACUUCACUCAAUUAUCACUUCUGAGCACUUUGGAAAAUGAUGCUGAAUUAUAAUCUAACCAGCUAACAAAGGCAUAUGUUGAAAUAUCACCAGCAUAAAAAUGUCAUCCAUUGCUCGAUGACAUAUUGCAGUGCAAUGAAUAAUGUGCAAAUCCCGAAGUUAUCUCUAAGCCUGUGGUCUACCUGUGGCACUGCAUUCUAUGGCAUUGAAGCGACAGUACUUCAUGAUUCAGAGCUGAGCAUUACUGAAACGUAACUUUUCAAUGCAUUAAAAUA